ACCCUCCAAGCUCGCCGUCUACCCCCAUCGCAUCCUCUACCGGUCUCGGCGACCUGCGGGCUAUCUCCCGAAAAGCAUGGUCGCGAUCUGCUGACGACUUGGGGAGCAUGUCUGCUGUCGUCGAGUCUCCUGUCAGCGCCGUAUUUCAGGACAAAGUCGCCCAGUACCGCAACAGAAGCAGCAGCGGCAGCGGCAAGACCGAGCAACAGCAGCACGUCGCGAACAGUCAGACGGGACGUCAACCUUUCCCUACCAUCAUCACCAGUAUUCCGCCGGAACAAUCACCUUCCAGCGCCCCCAUUCUGCCACCCGUAACAAUUUCUGUUUCCGCGCCUAAUAGUGAAGAAUCUACCGCUCCUUCCAGACAAACCCCUCCUUCACACGUCCACACGCGCUCUCAUUCCUUCACACCUAAAUUAUCAUCUAAAUUGGCUUCUCCUAGAUUUCCUCCCAGUCCGAAACGUAAAGGUUCGGGCGAGCUCGACGGCAAGGGAGCAUUUCCUUUUGGUUUUGGGGCCCACUCGAGGCCAAUACAACCAGAACCCGGACCUUCCUCGGCACCUGGCACCACUGUGUCGCGUUCGACUGCACUUUUAUCCCCUAACACCACUGUUGAAUCCGAAACCGACGACAAUGCCGAAGCUGAGGUUACCAAACGGGCUUCGCAGAUUGUGUACCACAAGGGGCUAAUAAAUCGCCUCGCGGAUGUACCGCACAACCUCCAGAAUUCACACGUGGCAUUGUCCAAGGGAUGGAAACCAUUCAAGCUCGAGCUGAAGGGCUCCAAACUGUACUUUUAUAAGCCUCCGGGUGAUAGAAGCACCGCCAUUAAGGAUCUUUUUCCGACGGUGUUGGUACCGCCAAGUCAAGAAGAGUUGGCGGAGUUGGAACUCGAAGGCAAGGAAAGUGGGCUAGACACCGGCGGAAAGGAACGUUUGCGUAAAGCUGACGGCGGGCUCCCCCGGAAGAAGAGGGCAUACUGGGGAAGGAGAACGCAUCCUGACCUCUCGCUCGAUGACAGUGGAACCAUUCAGAAGGGAACCUUCGAGGCACUAGUCCACGAAUGCGUCUUUGGUACCACCUUCUUUGCCAGUGACGCCUCCGCCGAGCAGGAGAAAUGGAAGGAUUUUGCUUCAGCCAAUCUUCUCUGUCUCCCAGUGCUCGCUGGUCAAGCGAAGUAUGAAGCCGAGUUCUUGCGGUGUACUGAGUACCUUAUAUCUGGGGCGGAGGAUGAUGCGAAGGAAGGUUUACGUUCGAGAGUCGAAUGGUUGGCUGGCGAGUAUUUGAGGUACCACGGAACGCCCGCAGACUUUUCUGCUUGGGAAGAAUGGAGAGCCGAAACCAUUCCAGGGGCAUCUUCUGCUGUAGUAAAACCGACAUCUGGUACUCUUACCACUUCGACCUCAAUGCAGGCUCUCUACGUCCCCUCUCCUGUCGGAUCCCCAAAUCCUGUUCAUUCCCCCAGUAUGCCGAACGUUGCUUCCCCCAAUUUAGGCACCUUCUCUCCGAGGCCUGAUGAGCCAUCGAAGCUACCUUCAUUAAUGGAUCUAUUGACUACAUAUGACUCUCCCCCGUCACCCGUCCCAUCAUGGAAAGGAACACCGACUGAUAUCAGAACAUUAGAAAAUCAGACCUUACAUCCACCUUUUUCCCCGAAAACGCCACCGCAAGCGUCUUGGGCUACUGCUCUUGAUCGGGAAGGACUAUCACGCGAUGUUUUAUUAUCUCUCGACCCGCAGCUCACAGCACGCACUCUCACUCUGUUUCAUCGUAGUGCCCUCCAGAGCGCCCCGCUGAACUUGACUGCAGACUAUAUUCUCGGGUACGAUGGCCUAUCCUCAGCGUCGAAGGCAUCAGAAACAUAUUUUGGCGCACUGUUCGGCAGCGACGACCGCCCACAUUGGCUCACAAAGCUGUUGCUGAUGCAGAUCCUGGGAGCGGAUACGUCCAGUGGUUACGUGGGCUCACCUCGUCUAUCUUCUCCCAAUCGCAAGUCAGAGGAGCGUACAUCGCGUACACAUUCUCGCUCAGAGUUAAUUUCCGUGUGGGUUCGGGUAGCAGAGAUCUGCAGGGUGAGUGGUGAUGCAUGCACGUGGGAAGCCAUCAAGGCUGCCGUUUGCUGUGCACCUGUCGCACGACUAGAGAAGGUGUGGAAGAGGGUGGAAGCAUCGGCGGUUGCUGCUGUCGAAGCGUGGGUGUAUCCGGAUGACGACGGUGCGUUUAUUGGUGUGCAAGAACCAAAGACGACGCCAUGGGGAGGGGAUUUGAGGACUCGGGUGAAGACGCAGAUGGACAAGGUGAAGGAUGAGGGAGCCGAUGAGACACUGAAGACUCAGCCGAUGGAGACGAUUCGCAAGUGGUUUGAGACAUAUAGAACUGCGUUUUCGCUAUGUCCGAGGAAGAUAGUUCUGUCAGACGACGAAGUCAGUGAAGAUGUCAAGAAGCUGGUGACAUACUGGCGCGAGAUGUUCAUGGAGGGUGGUGGUGGAGGUGGUCUCGGCGUCAAGUUCGCUCGAAUCGACCAAUUCAUGUCGCUUUCGCUAGCGGCGGAACCUCGACGAAAAGGCUUGUUCGAGCCUCACUUUUGGUCCCGACCUCCUUCGAAUUAUCCUCCAAAUGUGUCUUUAUUGCCCCUGGUUUUCCCCGAACCCCUUCCCACGGUAUGCCUUGUUGACCGGAGCCUUGCAUUACGCGGACGGAUAGAUAGUGAUGCGGCAACAGAUAUCCACGCUGUCCGUGCUGUCGAUGGACGUAUACGGCAGGAAGAACGUCGAGUACGACCGUUCGAUCCAACAGCCGGCGUACUCGCUUCAUUAAGCCUUGGAGGUACAGUAAUCCCGGUGCACAACGGAGAUCUCCUUCUCGUUGUCCAAGGUGGUAAUGAUUCUGUACCGAGCUCUCGUCGCUCUUCUCGCGCACCUUCACGACCGCCGAGUUCCAGUAUCGCCGACCUCUCUGAGAAGCCUCCAGGUCGUACAUCGUCAAUACGAGUUAAGCCGGGGUCUUCACAGGUUCUAGACCGUAAAAGCAGUAUGGCACGACGAAGUUCGCUCCCAGCACUCUCCAACCGGCCGACUUAUGUGACGUCAGAAACAUCAACAGACCGGCCAUUGCGAGCUCUUGUACAGGCGGGAACACUGAACAAUCUUGUCGAUAUUUUGGUUCAUGGACUCAAGAAUAUAUGCGUUUCUGUUGCCGAUGAUAACGGCGAGAUGUCUUUACGCGAAGGCACUCGGGAGCUUGUAGUUGACCGAAAGGAGUUUUCUAAAGUGUGGUGGAACGUGUUUCGUAGCUUUGUGACCCCUUUAGUGUUCUUCGAAAUGUACAUUAAGGCCCAGCCUCGAAGUUCACCACCACGAUUAUCCGAGUAUUUGUCAAAAGCGAAUGUUCGCGCAGAGGUGCUCGAGACAAUGCUGGAGUGGGUUACUGGGGGAGGUGGCGCCCAGGAUGUUUUGGAUGACCCGCAGUUGCUGCAAAGCCUGCAAUCUUUUUUGGACAGUCCUGAUGAUCACGUUUUUCGUGUUCCCUUGGACCUUGAAGGAGAGGCUAGUCUAAACCAGUCCAUGUCGUCAUUACGUGAGAUGAGGCAAUCUCUUCGCCGUAAUUUCCGAAGUCAGUCGAUGCGCCCUUCGUCACGAGCUUCCUCAUCAUCGACUAUCAUCCCAUCACCAAGCGUUGCUCGUGUGCGGAAUAUGAGCGCCAGAGAAUGCCCUGAUAUUGAUCGAAUAAAUGCUGAGGAGCUCGUGGACAUUCUUGACGGCAUGGCCUGUGCGACAUUUAGCAAUGUUACGGAAGAGGACCUUUACAUCACGUCCGACUUAUUGGAAGUUCAAAGCGCUGACCGAACGGGCUGGUUUUCAUCUAAAGAAGGGCCAACCACCGAAGAUAAUAUUGAAAUUCAGACCAUUUAUUCUCACAUCCAAGACGUCGAACCCUCACUUCUGAUCUCGGAACUUGGGCAAGAUUCCUUAUAUCGACUUCUUCCUCCCGGCGUUCGCAGUUGUAUCAGGGCGUACGCCAUCUUACGCAAAUGGCUGAUAUCAAAGAUUGUGGCGCCACGAUUGGGACUACAAGCUCGACAAGCCCGCAUGGAGCUGCUACUCCGGACCAUUGAAAUCAGCCGUAUACGGAAUACAGAGAAGAGUACGAAAUCAAGGCUGAUUGACCAACCCUGUGUUCGUUCAUUCGUUGAAGCUGUGGUGUCUGCCGCAGUAAUGAGCGUUGAGAGUCGAAUGCACUAUAGAGCCUGGCAAAACGUGGCAGCAAGCCGCAGUACGCAAUGUGAUUCUCUGUCAUCGCUACUGUCACGGUCAUCUAGCCAGUCUGUUGGGUCAAGGGAUGCAUUAACAGUUGAUAUGGGUUGGGUCAUAGAACGGCUUCUUGACGUUAUAUCGACACCUGAUGUAGUAGAGCCAAGCCAAGACGGUCAGAGCCUCGUCAACUUUGAUAAACGCAGGCACUUGUGCAAUCUGAUCGCCAACACACCGCCACUUCACUCGUCCCGGCAACGUGGCGAUAUAGCGCGUCGCGGCUUUGAACGUUUGAAUAACAUCGAGCGUGAAGUCAUGGCCCUGCAAUUUGAUCAUCGGGGGAUAAGGGAAGAAGGCCAGCGCGAGGGUUUACAUGGGAACGCCAAUGGUCCGCCAUCAACUAGGAGGCUGUCUCGUCCAUUUCAACGUAUAGUAGCUGUUCAGUUGGAAAAAGCCAGACGUGAUCGCAAUGGGCGGAAUAGGCUUCAAAAGGAGAAACUUCUAGAGCAGUCAAGGAACGAGAAGCGCGAAGACAUGCUCAAUAAAGCCAUGCGACCACGAAAGCGACCAGGCACUCCGACGAAACAACAUCGUAACAAGAAAAGCAUGUCUGCGUUUUUGCACUUCAUGCGGCCAAUCUCCAGUGCCUUUGGCAGCGAACCUACGCACGGUCCCGAGUUGAAACGCACAGUCUCCGAGCUCAACUUCACCCCCACUGGGAAACCGGCUUUGGUGCUCAGCUUGGUCGACGCCCGCGUGGUCGAGUUCAUCAACAACGAGCGCUCGUAUAUGUUCCAGGUCAAUACUGAAGACGGAGGCCAUUAUCUGUUGCAGGCGAUGAACAAGCGGGAUAUGAACAAGUGGUUGGAGACUAUCAACCGGGUGACGAAAAUGGCGGCUAAACGUCGACUUACGUACAUCGGCAGUUCGCCCAAGCCCGAAUUGUCCGAUCUCAGGGCUGGAUCUUCAGCACCGUCAAGAGACCCUAAUGCUGUCUUUGGCGUUGACCCCCAAAUCCUGCUAGAGCGAGAGGCUCAAGGAGGAGACGUUCCCUAUGGCGCUCUGCCAAAAGUCAUUGAGCAAUGUCUGUCAGAGAUUGAAAGCCGUGGUUUGACUGAAGUUGGCAUUUAUCGCAUUGCUGGUGCCACCUCUGAGAUCAACAGUCUCCGAGACGCUUACAAUCGAGGCCAAAGUCCGAUUACAAGUACGACGGAUAUUCAUGCUGUGUGUGAUCUUGUGAAGUCCUGGUUUCGGCUGCUUCCAGAACCCGUCUUUCCUGCUGCAUCUUACUUCGAGAUCAUUGAAGCGACAAAGCUCGAAGAUCUGGACGCUCGACUCUCAGCGAUACAACGUAUCGUUCAGAGCCUGCCACAAGCAAACUUUGACCUUUUAAAACGUGUUUCAGAGCACCUCGACAAAGUCACUGAUUUUGAAGAAUACAACCAAAUGACGGCGGAAGCACUAUCCAUCGUUUUCAGCCCCAAUCUGCUGCGACCUCCAAAAAACGACUUCACGAUGCUUCUGGCUAACAUGGGCCAUACUAAUAAACUCGUUAAAGCGAUUAUUACACAUUUCCAUGCCAUCUUCGACGAGGCUGACCCAGACGCAGAAGCCGACCCGGAUGAUGAGGAAAUCGAUUCUCCGAUCUUGGAGGAAGAAGAGGAAGAUGAUGCCAUGCCGUUUAAUCCGGUCCCAGAACCCACACCCUGACUUACCGACCACGACACUAUGCUGUUCAUUCAUCGUCACCAUCCUUGUACCAUGCUGCGUCACACAUUUUACUCCUGGGACUUCGGACUCGGAAUCAUCAUAAAACUUUCAGGACUACUUAUUUGGACGUUUGGCAUCCUUAAUACGCAUUUUUAUCUCUUAUGCAUGUUUUAUUAGAAGGUAAAAGUAUCCUGUACACUGGCACCAAUUUUGAGGUUCAUUUAGGUCUUGACACGUUUACCAUAUGCGAACGUAUUACUGCGUAUAAUUGAUGUGUAUAUGUUAGAUUGUAACUAUCAAGAC